AUGUCUCCCAUUCCUCCCCGCCUCAGUCUCCUUCACGCUUCCAUCAAGUCCGGAGCUCGUACCAGCUUCGCUGCCGUCCGAGCACAAUGGCAGAACCCCACAGAUAUUCUCACCGUCCUUAUGAUUAUCGGUGGCGACGUCGUGCAGUGCGCUCUGGCCCAGCUUGUCGGCAGCUGCAUGAUCACACCUGUCGCCUUCUCCUUCGGCUGGGUCGCUUACUCCUUUUCUGCCAUUCUCUCUGCUGUCGGCACCGGCAACGUCAUGCCAGAACCUGACAUGGAUGUCUCAUGCAUCAAUGUUAAGACAGGCUAUGACCGCGACGUCAAGUCCUGGGUUCUCGCCCGUCUCUAUCGAGACCUCAUCCCUCCCCCGCUCAAGAUCCCUCCCAAAGGGCUCACCCUCCUGUUCUACGAGACGUUGACGCAGUCCGCAACAGGGGUACGAAACGCCGACUGGGUAGUUUUCCUCGGUCUCUUCGUGAUCGUCUUCCAGCUCGGGAUCGCAUGCAUCCCGGGUGCGCUGCAAGGCAACUGGGUUAUACUGAUCAUCACGAUAGGCGGCACGCUGCUCGCUCAGGUCAGUGCGGCGCUGCCGCAGUGGCAGGAGGAGAUGUGGCGCGCUCGCGACCUCAUAACCCAGAGCAAGCGCGACAAAAUAGCCUCAGAAGUCGUCUGCCUCACUGCGGGAAACGGCAGUUCACACGUGGUCGUCAUCAAGAGCGUCGGCCAUGGGCUCAAGCUAGAGGAUCUGGCGGCUGGGCGCAUCGUGCCGUCGCGCCUCACAGCUGCUAUGACCUUUGCCCUGGCUUUCCUCUGGAUCGCACACCUGAUGACGGUACAGAGCGUCGAGAACGACGGAUGGUAUCUACUCGCUAUCGGUGGCGUUGGUAUGCUGCAGAACGUUAUCUCGGCCGGGGUACGGCGCAGAGCUGAUGCCCUUGGCUUUCAUCUCAAGUGCUACAAGAUCCAUAAGGACGAGAAGGUUUUUAAGGCGCUUCAGGGGGCGGAGGACAUUGAGCCGCACGUCGGAUUGGCGCUGCUAGACACGUUCUUCCCUGGAGGACUGCGAGAGGAGGAGGAAAAGUGGCGUGAAGAUAAAAAGAAGGAAAAGAAGGGAGGCGAGCAAGAGAAAAGAAGGCAGGAGGGCGGGGAAAACACAGCCGUUUCCAUUCAGCCAGUCUCCGCAGUACACCCGGGUGCUUCUACGCACUCUUAG